UGCACCCAUUCGGAUUCCGUAACGUGACAUUUGAGAACGCGGAAAUUCACGUGGGGCGUGACGAUUUGUAAAUAAUAAAAGCGAUACUUCACACGGAAAACUUCCCGUCACAGACAGACUCCUGAUUAGUCGAGGACCCCGAGAAAAGCCCCUGUUGCAGAUACAAUGGCAUCAGCUACCCCUCUGUCCAAGGCCAACAGUGCCUUCUCUCUGGCUUUGCUCAAACAGCUGAGUGACGACAACAAGACGGGAAACAUCUUUUUCUCCCCUUUCAGCAUCUCUUCGGCCCUGGCUAUGGUGAUGCUGGGGGCCGGUGGCAACACAGUCACACAGAUGUCAGAGGUUCUCUGCUUCACUAAGGCAAAGAAGCCUCGGUGUCCACCCGCAGGACCGAUGCAGAUGCAACAGCAGGUCCAGUCUGCUCUGCCGAAUCUGCAGAAGAUGUGCCUGAAAACGAAGGAUUGCUGUGACGAUGUCCACAGCAGCUUUGCCCAGUUGUUGAGUGAGCUCAACAAGUCAGAUGCUCCAUAUUCUCUCAGUGUUGCCAACAGACUGUAUGGAGAGCAGUCCUACCAGUUUGUUGAGGAUUUCUUGGGAAAAACCAGGAAGCAUUACAACGCUGAGCUGGAGGCCGUGAACUUCAUCGAAAGCUACGAUGCUGCCAGGCUGAACAUCAACAGCUGGGUGGAGAAGCAAACACAAGGUAAAAUUAAGGAUUUGCUGGCUGAGGGUGUCUUGAACUCCCUGACCAGGCUGGUGUUGGUCAACGCCAUCUACUUUAAGGGCCUCUGGAACAAGCAGUUUAAGGAGGAUCAAACACGUGAUGCUCAGUUUCGACUCAACAAGAAUGACACUAAGCCAGUGAAGAUGAUGCACCAGAAGUCCAAGUUCCCUUUGACCUUUGUCCAUGAUAUCAACUGUCAGAUCCUAGAGCUGCCUUACAAAGGGAAUGAACUCAGCAUGCUCAUCUUCCUGCCCCAAAAUAUAGAGGACAGUACAACAGGUCUGGAGAAGCUGGAGAAGAAAUUGACCUUUGAGAAAUUCGUGGAGUGGACCAAUCCAAAUAUGAUGGAUGAGACUGAGGUCCAGGUGGGCCUGCCUCGAUUCAAGCUGGAGGAGAAUUAUGACAUGAAGGAUGUCCUGGUCAGGAUGGGCAUGGUGGAUGCUUUCGACAUGAGCAAAAGUGACUUCUCUGGCAUGUCUCCUGCUAACGACCUGGUGCUGUCCAAAGUCGUACACAAGGCUUUUGUGGAGGUCAACGAGGAGGGAACAGAGGCUGCCGCUGCCACUGCUGCGAUCAUGAUGCUGCGCUGUGCCAGGAUACCAGACAGAUUCAUCGCCGACCACCCCUUCCUCUUCUUCAUCAGGCACAACCCCUCCAUGAGCAUUCUCUUCGCUGGCCGAUAUUGCUCCCCUGUGUGAGCACGGCAUCAUUUAGAGCAGCGUUUCUCAACUGGAGGGAGGUCAUAAUAUUAAAGUGUUAUGACAUUUAACUUUAAACUGUCCCAUUGAAUUUGAUGUCAGUGCUGAAUACCUGCUCUAGAGUUUCGUUUUGCUAAUCACACCCUGAGUUCCCAUCAUUUAAUGUCAGCAAUAAAAACAAACAAACAAAAAAAAUACGGCGUCAAAUUUUCUAAAUUUCUAAUUUUCACCUUUUUGUUUGUGUCACUUCUCACAUAAGUCAUUGUUUGUCCUGUGCCUUCCUGAACACCAUCUUCUUGCACUGUUUAACCUAAUUUCAUCUGUUGGUUUGUUAUGUUUGUAAUACAUGUAUGGCCCUCUUUGCUGCAGCCAGAGUGUUUCUUUUAUAUUCUGCCUCUACCUUUUGGUUAGAAAUAUGCUCUGCAUUGUAUCUGAAGGACAAUAUCAAUAUCAAAGUUUGUUUUUGCUUAGCCAAAGAGAAUAACUAUAACAGAAACAUAUAGCUUUGGUAACAUAUGAAAUUAUAAUACACUUAUAAUAGAUAAGAACUUGCACGAAUGUUUGAACUGGCUUUGCAUCCAGGUCAUUACUAUGUAUCCUUUACUUACACAUGAAUAAAGAGUGUGGUUUGCAA